AUGGCUGAGCAGUAUCAGCAACAGCAUUAUGGGCAACAGCAGAAGGAUCAGCAGCAGCAGAAGAAGCAGCCGGUGUCACACCAGGUGGUGAAGGCGGCGACAGGAGCCACAGCCGGCGGUUCCCUCCUGGUUCUCUCCAGUUUGACCCUUGCCGGGACUGUGAUAGCUCUUAGUCUGGCCACUCCCUUGCUGGUCAUUUUCAGCCCAGUUCUGGUGCCUGCUGCAAUAACAAUUUUCAUGCUAGGUUCAGGUUUUUUGGCUUCGGGAAGCUUCACAGUGGCGGGCGUAGGCGUUUUAUCAUGGAUUUACAAGAUGGUGACCGGAAAACAACCACCUGCCGCUGAUCAGCUGGCGGCUAAGGCGCAGGAGAUGAAGGGCAAGGGGGAGCAGUUUGGGCAGGAACGUACCUCCGGUUCUCAAGCUUCUUAA